AUGGAGCCGCCGGGCACCCCCCCCGCCACCGCCGCCCCGCCGGGGACCCUGGCGGCGCAGGACGCCAUCGUCUUCUCGGGGGCGGGGGCCCAGGGGGCGACCCCCCCCGCCGUGACGCCCGCCGGCGCCAACGUCUUCUGGGCCAGCCUGGUGCGAGCCCAGCUCUGUGUCUGGGAGCUGCAGGGAGCCAUCGAGGCGCAGCCGGACGGGGCCGGCGGUGACCCCGUGCCCCGGGACGGCGGGGGCCGCGGCCCCCCGCCACGAGCGCGCCCGCAGCCUGGUCCGGGGGGUCCGGAGGGGAGCAGCGCACGCCAGCACGCGCCCGCAGGCGGGAGCGACUCGCCCGCGCCCGCAGAGGGGAGCGUCUUCCGCGAGCACCGAGGCCGCGGGCCCCCCGCCACGAGCGCCCUCCACGUGCCUACGGACGGGAGCGUCUUCCCCACGGUCACGCCCGUGGAUGGGAGCAUCUUCCCCACGUCCACGCCCGUGGAUGGGAGCAUCUUCCCCACGUCCACGCCCGUGGAUGGGAGCAUCUUCCCCACGUCCACGCCCGUGGAUGGGAGCAUCUUCCCCGCGUCCACGCCCGAGGACGGGAGCAUCUUCCCCACGUCCACGCCCGUGGAUGGGAGCGUCUUCCCCACGUCCACGCCCGUGGAUGGGAGCAUCUUCCCCACGUCCACGCCCGAGGACGGGAGCGUCUUCCCCACGGUCACGCCCGUGGAUGGGAGCAUCUUCCCCACGUCCACGCCCGUGGAUGGGAGCAUCUUCCCCACGUCCACGCCCGUGGAUGGGAGCGUCUUCCCCACGUCCACGCCCGUGGAUGGGAGCGUCUUCCCCACGUCCACGCCCGAGGAUGGGAGCAUCUUCCCCACGGUCACGCCCGUGGAUGGGAGCGUCUUCCCCACGUCCACGCCCGAGGAUGGGAGCAUCUUCCCCACGUCCACGCCCGUGGAUGGGAGCGUCUUCCCCACGUCCACGCCCGAGGACGGGAGCAUCUUCCCCACGUCCACGCCCGAGGACGGGAGCAUCUUCCCCACGUCCACGCCCGAGGAUGGGAGCAUCUUCCCCACGUCCACGCCCGAGGACGGGAGCGUCUUCCCCACGUCCACGCCCGAGGAUGGGAGCAUCUUCCCCACGUCCACGCCCGAGGAUGGGAGCAUCUUCCCCACGUCCACGCCCGUGGAUGGGAGCAUCUUCCCCACGUCCACGCCCGAGGACGGGAGCAUCUUCCCCACGUCCACGCCCGAGGAUGGGAGCAUCUUCCCCGCGGUCACGCCCGUGGAUGGGAGCAUCUUCCCCACGUCCGCGCCCGAGGGCUGGAGCAUCUCCCGAGAGCGCCGAGGCCGGGGAUUCGCCCCCGAGAGCGCCCCAGACGAGGGGCGCGGCCGCGCGCCGGCGGAUGGCGGCGCCUCGCCCGCGGCCCUGCCGGUGGACCAGAGCGUCCCGCAGGAGCACCCGCCGUCCGACGGGACCCCCUCGCCCAAACCCGCACCCGGGGGUGGCGCCGUCUCCCCCCAGCGCCAGGCCCCCGAAUGCAGCAAGGAGGAAGAAGAGGAGGACGAUGAAGAUGACGGCUGCUCCUCCCGGGAGGAAGACGCUGAGGAAGAGGAGGAUCUGGAGGAGGAGGAGCCCCACUUCCACACCAACCCCCUCUUCCAGAGCCGGGUGCUGGCACCCAUGGACCCCCCCGACUCCCCGACCUGA